AUGGCUUGGACAGUCUAUGAAGGAGGAGAACAGGUGGACUUCAGCAUGCCUGCAUGGGGCUGGCCUCUGAUUCUUGUCAACGUCCUCAUUCUGCUACCUAUUUCCCUCCUGGUCAACUACACCCUGUUCCACAUUUACCCCGUCUUCACCAUUAUUGAAGAUGAGAAUCCUCCUGCCUACGAACCCCUUCCUAGCAACGGAGGCAACGAUGAGGAGGCUACUGUUGGCUCUACGGCCAAGCCUACUGAUGGCGCCGCCCGAACAGUGACUUCUUCUCUUCGAUCCAUCAACCGACUUCUGACCUCGCAUGGUGGUUUCAGGGCCAACUUGCGUGGAUUCAUGUGUGCCCUUACCCAGAGCGUCCUCACGGGCAUCGUCGCCUCCAUCUUCUCUUGGGGACCUGUCAAGCCCUUUGCCGAACUCCUGGCCUCCUUGGUCCUGGUUCAGUUUGCAACUGCCUGGGUUCACAUUGUCAUUUCGCACCCCUCUCCUCGGAGGUUUUGGCGCCGCCUGCCUCCUUUCAAGCGCGCCUUUGAUGCUACCUGGAAGGCCAUCGUGAUUUACUGGGCCGCAACUCAGGUACACAAGUGGAUUCCCUACCUGCUUGCUGUCCUCAUUGGCUUCGAUGCCCCGACUCUCGACAACUUGAAGAAGUCCAGCGGUGCCUCCGACGCUCUUCGUGACGGCGACAUUUCCUAUGUGAUCAAGGCUACGGUGUACAUCUUCCUCAGCACAAUGCUGUACGUCGUCGUAAUCAUCCCCGCCCGCGUUGUCGUCGUCCGCAUUCAGGCUUCGCUCCUGCCCGAGGACGAAGACCCCAUCAUCCCCUUCGACCGGUCCUUCGAAGGCAAGGUUGAGCCCGCGGUUGUUGGUGGACGUGGCUACGCCACCAUUACCGAUGCUUGGUCUACCUUUUCCAAGGCCGCCUGGCGACGAGUGGUUAUCCUAUACGCCAAGAUUGUGGGCAUCUUCGCUUUUGUUUCUCUUUUGUCCUGGGUCAUUAUUAUCCCUACCUGCCUUGCCAUUAUCAAGGCUGGCACAAAGAGCACCUAA